CUAUUGCUUCAUAAGCCUUAAUCAGUAUAAUACUUAAUCCGUCAAAUCUCUGUUUUCCUUUUGACUAAUCAAUAAUCUAGAUACAUGGGUCGUUUCUAUACCUCGAGCCGUUCAUCCAGAUCGAGUCGUUUAUAUACAUGGGGCCGUUUAUCUAUAUUGAGCCGAUUAUCUACAUGGGGCCGUUUAUCUACAUGGGGCCGUUUAUAUACAUGGGGCCGUUUGUAUACAUUCAGUCGUUUAUCUAAAGCCGUUUAUCUAGAUCGAGCCGUAUAUAUACAUCGGGUUGCUCAUAUACAUGGGACCGUUUAUCCAUAUCGAACCGAUGAUAUGCAUGGGGCCGUUUAUAACAUCGAGCCGUUUAUACACAUCAAGUAGAGCCGUUGAUAUACAUCGAGUCGUUUGCAUAGAUCGGGUUGUUUAUAACAUCGAGCCGUUUAUAUACAUCGGAUUGUUCAUAUACAUGGGGCCGUUUAUAACAC